GACGGUCCGACGGGAAUCCGAAGUUUUCGUUUCCAAUUUACACAGGCCGUUCCUUCGGUUUCUUCUGAAUCGGAUUGUUGUUUCUGGACCGUGCCAAGUUCCGGGCCGCUGUCAAAUGGACACCGAGACGAGAGGCCCUUCGCGGCGCAAGGCGGAGGCGGCUCGCGACGGCCGCUUUGCUUCUUUCCUCGUGGGCCACCAGCCAGCGAAGCGACACAUCCCGCACGCCGCGCUCUCCAGAAUGCUCCGCGGCGGCCGCCGGGCGGCGCUCCUCCUCGCCGCCGCCGUCGCCACAGGAUCCGGAGUCCUCGCCGAUCGCGGCAGCGGCUCCGCCACGGCCGUCUACGCCUCGGCCUCCCCGCCGCUCCGCCAGGUCCUCUCCGCCGCCGCCGCCGAGGGGCUCCGCUCCAGCGCACGCCUCUUCUCGCCGUGGCAGCUUCCUGCCUAUCAAGGGUUCCCAAUACCGAAUUCAUUUGCUUCUGCAUCGGUUUCACCUGCUAACUUGAGUGACCAAGGUUCUGGUGGAAGCCCAGAUGAUUCAAGAUAUUGCCCAGGGUGUCUAGGCAGGAAUUCUAUUGCCAAUGCGGCAUCUGCAGUCGGUCCUGCUGUUGUAAACAUUUCUUCUAUGCAAGGUACUCAUGGAUGGGUGCUAGCGAAGAGCAUUGGAUCAGGAACUAUAAUAGAUCCAGAUGGGACAAUAUUGACAUGUGCGCAUGUUGUUGCAGAUUUUCAAAGCACAAAAGCGGUUGUGAGAAGAAAGGUUAGUGUGACUUUACAAGAUGGUCGUGAAUUUGAAGGUGUUGUUCUGAAUGCUGACCGCCACUCUGACAUCGCUGUUGUGAAGAUUAAAUCUAAGACCCCUUUACCAGCUGCAAGACUUGGAUCGUCGUCUAGACUUAGACCAGGCGAUUGGAUUAUCGCUUUGGGCUGUCCACUUUCUCUUCAAAACACAGUUACAGCUGGUAUUGUAAGUUGUGUGGACCGGAAAAGCAGUGAUCUGGGUCUUGGAGGAGUAAGAAGAGAGUAUCUGCAAACAGAUUGCGCUAUUAAUCAGGGUAAUUCGGGAGGCCCUCUUGUGAACCUUGAUGGCGAGAUUGUUGGAGUUAAUGUGAUGAAAGUUGCCGAUGCUGAUGGUUUGAGCUUUGCCGUACCAAUUGACUCUGUUGUGAAAAUAGUGGAAAACUUCAAGAAAAAUGGGAGAGUCGUAAGGCCAUGGCUUGGUUUAAAGAUGCUUGACCUUAAUCCCAUGAUCAUUGCACAACUGAAAGAAAAAUCAAGUUCUUUUCCAGAUGUAAGAAAAGGGGUGCUUGUUCCUAUGGUUACACCAGGAUCUCCAGCUGAACAUGCAGGAUUUCGUCCUGGGGAUGUAGUCUUUGAGUUCAAUGGUAAACCAGUUGAAAGCAUCAAAGAGAUCAUUGAUAUCAUGGGGGACAAGGUCGGAGUGCCAUUUAAAGUUCUUGCUAAAAGGGCAAACAAUGUGACAGUGACCUUAACUGUGAUACCAGAGGAGGCAGAUGCCAGCAGAUGACCCAAAAUUAAUCUGAUGAGCGGCUGAUCUAAAGCCUAAGAGAGGAAUUUUCUAUUGGAACUCCAUUUUCUUUAACUCCUGUAGACAUACUUUCUGUUGAGUUUUCUAUGUAACUAAGCAUGGGUGAUAACUGAUAAGACCCCCCAGAAAAAGAAAAAUACAUGGGCAAUACAUAUUAGUGCAAUGUUCAGUCAUGGAUAUUGGCUUUUCUUUUCUGUAGCAUGUGCUUAUAAUUUUAGGUUUUCUUGAACACGUAGGAACAUUGCGCGUCAUUGUACGUAUAAUUUUAGGUUUUCAUUUUAUUUCUUUGGAUAAUGAUUUAGAUUCAAGAACAUCAGUUCCUUAAUUUGCCAUGUGUUCAAUGGUGGCAGCGUGGUUUUGCUGUCAAAAUAUUAAAGUAAAUUUUGUUUGCAUGCUAAACUUUUA